CAUUCAACGCACACGGCACGCCCGCCUACCUUAUCCCCUUUCUCUCCUUGUUGACUCACUCACAGGACCUCACAUCCGAUGCGAGUGGAGGCCAUGCGCGGAUGCGCCGGCGUCGAGGAGCACAUCUGCGGUGAUUUUGGACGGGCGGCGCCAUUCCAGUGACUUGCGGCGGCGGAGCUCAGGCGGGCCGCUACGGGGAGGAACUCCACCGGACGAAAUCGAGGUGUCAUGGGCGGGCGAUUUAGGCGGGCAGCGCCGUUCCCGUGCCUGGCGCCGGCGGAACCGAGGCGGCCCACUGCGGAGAGUAGCUCCACCGAGCUGUCUCGUGACGGAGACCAUGCGUGGGCUCGACGAGGCGUGAUGCACGGGCGAUUUUGGGCGGGCGGCGCAGUGCCCGUGUUUGGUGCCGGUGGAGCCGAGGCGGGCUGCUAUGGAGAGGAGUUCCACCGGGGUGUCGCUCAGCGGAGGUGGGCUGGUGCAGCGGAGGCUGGCCGGCGCGGCAGAGGCGGGGGCUCGCCACGGAUGCUUCCACCUCGCUGCAGUCGUCGUCCUGCUUCCUGGGUCUCCUCCGAGCUCGCCAUCAUCGCCCAAGGAUCGAGUUCGUACAGCGGAUAGUCUUCAACGAAGAGGCCGGUCUAACUGUGGUGUUUGCCCUCUUUGUAAGCAAUUUCAAGAAAUGGUGACACGUCUUCUACUCUUCUUUUCCCAUGCCGGUUCUCCAUGAGAGUUUGGGGCUUCACAAGAAUCGGCUUGCCUGGAUCGACUUUGAUCCUACCUUGUGGGCACCUGAUGGUAGUAAUAGAUAUGUCAAGGAGGGUUGCUGGGUGGAGACAGUCUGAAUCCGCAACAACUAAAGGAAGGUGCUUGCUUCUCUCUUUUUGCCCACCAAUUGAAAAUUUUGGAACUAGAGGAAUGCCAGUUCUGAAAUGUCUCCACCAUGCCAACUAUGGUCUUCAGCCGAAUCAAACUGCGACAUUCACUUUGGAAAUGGCAGGUGCAAAGCAUUUAAGUAGUUUCAGAUCCGGGGAGUAGGCUUUUGUUUAACUAGGGUGCGUUGCACCGUCUUGUGACUCUUUGUGCUCUUCUAUCUUAAUCAAUGAAAAGAGGCAAAUGUUUUGCUAGA